GAGUUGAUCCACCGGUUUUCACUUCCUAGAUGUGCACUGCUACCAGUGGUGCACAAUGAAAAUACUCACUUUAUUAGGAUUAUUUUCAGCAUGCUUUUCAGCACACAGCAUAAACAUCGAGAAUAGCGCAGGGCAGUUCUUCAGCAGUGGACAUACAAAUAACUGGGCCGUUUUGGUGUGCACAUCCAGAUUCUGGUUCAACUACCGACAUGUGGCAAACACACUGUCUGUGUACAGAAGUGUCAAGAGGCUGGGCAUCCCUGACAGCCACAUAGUUCUGAUGCUGGCUGAUGACAUGGCUUGCAACCACAGAAAUCCCAAACCUGCCACAGUGUUCAGUCACAAGAACAUGGAGCUGAAUGUGUAUGGUGACGAUGUGGAAGUGGACUACCGAGGUUAUGAGGUGACUGUAGAGAACUUCCUGCGAGUUUUGACCGGACGAUUGCCUCCCAGCACGCCACGCUCUAAACGCCUCCUCUCUGAUGAUCGAAGCAACAUCCUCAUAUACCUGACAGGCCACGGUGGGAAUGGCUUUCUGAAGUUCCAGGACUCAGAGGAGAUUAGUAAUGUGGAGCUGGCGGACGCUUUUGAGCAGAUGUGGCAGAAAAGAAGGUACAAUGAACUGCUCUUCAUCAUUGACACCUGUCAGGGCGCCUCCAUGUAUGAGAGAUUUUACUCUCCAAACAUCAUGGCUUUGGCCAGCAGUCAAGUUGGAGAGGACUCCCUGUCGCACCAGCCAGAUUUGGCCAUAGGAGUCCAUUUAAUGGAUCGUUACACCUUCUACCUGUUGGAGUUCCUUGAAGACAUUCAUCCUGCAAGCAAAACCAACAUGAAUGAUCUGUUCAAAGUGUGUCCAAAGAGUCAGUGUGUGUCCACCCCGGGUCACCGCACUGACCUGUUCUUGAGGGAUCCAGGAAGUGUUCUCAUCACAGAUUUCUUUGGUAGUGUUCGCAAAGUUGAACUCACCAUGGAAGCCAUCAACUUGACUGACCCCAUCAAGCAAGUGGAGGAGAAUCCUGUGAAUGGAGAGGGGCAAAAAGAGGUGUACUCAUACACGGACCAGCUGCCAGUGUCUGAGAUCAUCCAUCAGAAACCAAAGCAGAAAGACUGGCACCCUCCUGAUGGCUUCAUCCUGGGCCUGUGGACUUUAAUCCUCCUGGUGUUUUUCAAGACCUACGGCAUCAAGCAUCUCAAACACAUCUUCUGAGUCUCCUGUGUUUACACCGCUGGAUGUAAAGCUGCAGACCGGCGAUAUUUGAGGGAAGGGGGAGUUUGUGACAAGCUUGUAAUCCUGGAAAUGAAAUGGAAUUGUUUGGCGUGACAUCUGCUGCUCGUUCAGAAACUGUGUGAUAUUCCCGGUGCCUUUUUUUUUUUUUAAAUAUUGGAACGAUCCUUUCUGAUAGAUGUAAACAUUUGCGCUCUAUGUCAAAGGUUUUAUGAGAAGGAACAACUGCAUCACACAGGUAUUUUGAUGGGUUUAGUUUUGCAAAGACUUGAACAUAAUUUUUUUUUUCCUUUUUCUGUGUGUGUGUCUGUCAGAUGUUCUGUUUUGUCGAGCCAUUCCACAACUGCGCUGUUUUGGUUAAAAAAUGCACUAAACUGAGUCUGCAGAUAAGAAUUUAAUUUAUUUUUGGGAGCGUGUUGCUCUGCAUAUUUUAGCAGCAGCCUUUUUGUUUAAGUGCUACUCAGAAUGUCUGCUCAGUCAGAAAAAUAAAUUGUGAAACGAGGGCUGGCUGAUUGGCUGUGAGUGGGCUGUAGAGAGAUCGGUAUUUAAUGUCUACCCUGUCCAGGUACAUUACACCCUUUGACCGUCAUAUCACACUUGUGAAGGAUAACAAUCGCACGUAAUCCCGUCUCUCGUGAUGGACCCAUCCACUUUCUCCAUUCACUAAAUUGCCCUCCCUGUGGAAACAUCCAUUAGCUCCCCAGUCUUGUACUCUUCUGAUUGUAUUCUGGGUGAUGGACAGCUAUUUCCCCGGCCGUUCUGCGUCCCAUGCACGGGCAGUGAUAAGUGAGUGAUAACCUAGUAAGCCGCCGGCCGUCCCAGAUGGGGGGAAAAAAGAGGAAACAUGUCUCAGCGUAGAAGUAUUUUCUCCCCUUCUCGUCUCGUAUUACCACUCUACAUUAGGCUUAUUGUUGGAGGGAGGUGAGUGAUGCUCAGAGCAUAUGGAUUAAUCCCACCCAUUGCAUGCCUGCUGCCACUCUUCCUUGCAGCUAAAGUGGAAAAUAGAUGGAAUUGGAAAUUAAACCAUAUGUUUUGGAAGGCAGCUGCUGCGUCAGCCACAUUGUACCUUUUCUUAUACAUUAUUUAUGCAACACUUAUUUCUUCUUAUUUCCUUUUCCUUCCCUAUUUUCUAGUUUCUGUAAUCUUAUUCUUCCUGCUCCUCUGUCAGAGAGCACAGGAACAUUUUAUAUCCUCAACUGGAGGAUUUUGAUGCCCUGAUUAAACAUGAAACACUGAAUCAAAGGAAUAAAUUUACAUCUUUA